UUCAUAUCAUAAUCAGUCACAGUAUCUCAAUAAUAAUCCCAUGGUCAAUAAUAAAAAGUAGAAAACAGUCAGUUUGAAGUGCUCCAUCAGUAAUAAUGUUGUGCCAUAGGACUUUUAGUAUAAUUUAUAAAACAAGAACUGUGAUUUCUAAACGUGAUGCAAGCCAAAUAUCUUUUAUUGGUCUGGGACAGAUGGGAGCGAAAAUGGCAAGGAACUUAAUCAAGAAUGAAAACAAACUAAAAGUAUUCGACAAAGUACCAGCAGCCGCAAGCAGUAUUAAAGGAGCUGAAGUAUGCGAUAAUCUUGAGAAAGCAGUCGAGGGAUCCGAUUUGGUGGUUACAAUGUUACCAAAUGGAAAAAUAGUGAAGGAUGUCGCCUUGGGCGAACAGGGAAUAUUAAACUUUUUACCGAAAGGAACCAUCUUCGUGGACUGUUCCACCAUUGAACCUCAAUGCGCUGUGGACGUGUAUAAUGAAGCUACGAAAAAAGAAGUUAAAUUUUUGGACGCACCGGUGUCAGGAGGUGUAACUGGGGCAGAGGCAGGAACGCUAACAUUUAUGGUAGGAGGAGAAGAAGAUAAUGUAAAAGCCAUCGAACCAACUCUGCUACAAAUGGGCAGCAAAAUAUACCAUUGCGGAAAGCCAGGAUCGGGACAGGUGGCCAAAAUGUGCAAUAACUUAAUACUGGGUGUCACCAUGAUAGGCACAUGUGAAGCCAUGAAUUUGGCAGCUAAACUUGGACUGAGCCCAAGGAAACUGAGCGAAAUAGUAAACACUUCAACCGGCAAAUCGUGGUCGUCUGAGUGUUAUAAUCCGGUGCCCGGAAUUCUUCCCAACGUGCCUGCUUCUAACAAUUACAAAGGAGGCUUUGGAGUUCCAUUAAUGGCCAAAGACUUAGGAAUAGCUGAAAAUGCAGCACAAGCAUGUGGAGCUUCAGUGCCUUUAACUGCAGUAGCUCAUCAAUUGUAUAGAAUCAUGAUGUUGAAUGGAUAUUGUGCAAAAGAUUUUUCUUCUGUAUUUGAAUUUUUAAAAGGAAAACAUUAACUAAGA